CUCCAGAUAAUGAAAAUGUAGAUAGUAAGUCUGAGUAUAAUGAGGAGUUUGAAGAGAUUGAAUUUAACUGUGAACAACUGGAGCACGAAGUAACUAUUGGAGCAGCUUUGACUAAAAAAUCUCCGAUUAUGUAUAUAUUAGAAGAACUUGUCCUGACAGAAAAAAAGUAUGUUAGAGACUUGGGAAGAGUUAUUCGUGACUACAAACCUGUUCCCUUCAAAAAGCCACCCGGAUUUGUGCAGAACUAUAUUUGGCAACCUGCAACACAUCUACGACAGACAAAACCAAUUUUGUCAUGCUCUAGCAAACUGUCGACUAGAUCAGAACCUUAUUGCCCGUGUCUUUAUUGAUUAUGAAACUUUGUUUGAUUUGUAUCCAAGAUAUUUCAAAGGCACUCCAAGAAGUAACGCUGCUGUUAAACGUAUUCAUGAGGACCUUAAAAAAAGACAGGAAGAAUUACAAAAUAAGUUGGGGCUUGCUGCAUAUAUCCUCACACCGGUACAAAGAUUAGGAAAGUACAAACUAUUACUAGAAAACAUUAUUAAGGAACUAAAGAAAAAUAAUGAGACUGUAGGAUCUGUGGAAAUGGCUUUGGAUAUAAUUAAAAAAUACAUGCGCAAAGGCAACGAUGCUGUGGCAGUAGGAUCCAUCAUGAACAGUACUAUUAAAAACUAUGGUUCUUUUAUUAUGAGAGAAAAAUUCGCUUUGAUGAAACCAAGAAGACUGGACGUUGUAGUGUUUUUGUUUGAACUAGUUGUGGUUAUAACCGUGGAAGUACAGAACGACAAGGAACAAUUCAUGUUUUACAAAUGUAUAUACACCAACGACCUUAGAAUUGCGACUUUUAACAACAAUACCAUUCAUCUAACGGAUUUCGCUAAAGAGAAGAAAACCCUGAGGUUGAAAUACACUUAUGUACUGGACGCCAGACUACCAAAAAUUAAGGAUACUUGGAAACACGAGAUAGAGAAGAUUUUGUGGAAUCAGCUCAACAACAUAAAAGGUACUUAUAAACUAUAUUCGUAUCUCUCACCCUGUAUAUUUGUACGG